AUGCGCGUAACUUCCAUCUGCGCCGCCGUCGAGAUCGGUUUCCGCUUCGUCGGAAUCUGGCCGGGUUUGUCGUACGGAACCUUCACUUGGUCCGCGUACAUGACGAGCGCGGUGAUCGCGCUGUAUUUUCAAUACGUUUACAUUCUCCAUCAUUUCGAUGUGAAUAACAUCUCGAUCCUAAUCGACGCGCUCAGUCUAACGUUGACGUACAGCCUCGGCUUUCUCAAGCUGAUCUCCCUCUGGUCGAAUCGUAGGAUAUUUUACAACAUUCUGCUGGCCAUGAACCGAGACUGGGGCGAAGUCGCUCGAGACGACCGAUUGGUAGUGUGCGUAAUGACGAGCAACGUCGCUUGGUCGCGACGUUUCUCGAACGCGCUGAUCAGCAUCAACGCCACCGCCGCAAUUUCUUACGCCGUGACUAAUUUCAUGGGACAUUCAAACGAUCCUGAGCGAGACUCCAACUUUAGUACGAAAGUGUUACCUAUAAAGAUGGAAUUGCCGUUCGAAGUCGAAAAGUCUCCGCUCUUCGAGAUCAUAGCUAUCGCUCAGACUGUUCACGAAGUGUCGAUGGCCGUCUUGGUAGCGAUGAUGAAUUCCUUAAUUGUUACAUUGGUGCUACACGUAAGUGGACAGAUCGAUAUUCUUCGCCAGAAAUUACUGACGCUUUGUAACGGCGAAACUCUGCAGCGCGAGUCGAUUGUCACGAACAUCAAGCUUUUGAUCGCGCGACAUCAGAGAAUAAUAUCGUUUUCGGAUAACAUCGAAGCGCUCUACUCUCAUAUAGCGUUGAUGCAAUUUCUGGCAAAUACCUUAGUCAUCUGUUGUAUCGGCUUGACGAUAAUGAGCUCUUUCGCUACGGAUAAAAAUACGGUAGCAUUAUUAAAAUCUGCUAUUUUUUACCUCGCCGUAACCUUAGAAGCGUUUAUCUUUUGUUUCGCCGGAGAAUAUCUCAGCGCUAAGAGUAAAUCAAUCGGCGACGCGGUGUAUGAGUCGCUCUGGUAUAACAUGACACCCGGUGAAUGUCGAUUUGUAUUAUUUGUAAUAUUAAGGUCGCAAAAAAGACUGACGAUCACCGCUGGUAACAUUAUGGAUCUCUCUCUGGAAGGAUUUACCAGCGUGAUGAAAGCAUCCGCUUCUUACAUAUCGGUGCUACAUGCAAUGUAUUAG